UCAAAGCAGAGCAUAGGCAUGGGAACAAGUGCUCUCAGCAAGAAGCCGUGGUGGACCCUGCCUGAAAACUUUCAUGCUCCAAUGGUGUUCCACAUGGAAGAGGACCAGGAGGAGCUCAUCUUUGGACACGGUGACACAUACCUUCGCUGCAUUGAGGUGCACAGUCACACCCUUAUUCAGCUGGAGAGUUGGUUCACAGCUACAGGCCAGACUCGUGUGACUGUGGUCGGACCACAUAGGGCAAGGCAGUGGCUGCUGCACAUGUUCUAUUGUGUGGGGAGUCAGGACUCCUGUCGUCAUGAUCAAGGCCUCGAGAUGCUGGAGCGUGUCCGGAGCCAGCCCCUGACCAACCAUGACCUGGUUGCCUCCAUUAGUGUGCCACCAUACACCGGAGAUCUGUCUUUCGCCUCCAGGAUAAGUAGAAACAUCUGUCUUAGCGUUCCUCAGCCUUCCCCUUACCAAGUGAUUGGUUGUUCGGGAUUCCAUUUGAGUUCACUCUAUUUGUAAUUAAGGACUGAUCUCCCCUGGAAAAGUGGGGAUGAAAGGAGAAGUCUUGGCUUUGCUUUUGGUGAGAAAGACAUGAAAGACACUGAAGAAAGUUUGAAUUUGUGGCUGGGACCUGUCCCUCUCGGAUCUUGUAGACAUGUGUCUGAGGGAAGUCUCCUUAAUGUAAGAGAGUGUUAUUGGCAAAGCAAUCCAAUAAAAUAAGCUACCUAUGAUGCAAA